CGGGCAACGAAGGAGCCCAUAAAACUGGUUGUAGCAGAGCAUAAAAAGUUUGAGUGCUCCUACCAUUCGAAACCGCCCAGCGCACACAAUGGCCGAGCAAAGAUCGAGCGGAAACUGGGAGCCGAAACUCGAGGACGCCUCUGAAGAGUCGCUACUGAACCAAGCUUUUCGAAUUGAGCGAAUCAUGCUCAGGCCGCGACCAUCCAUCACUAAGCUUGAAGUGAGCGAUCGCUUUGUCGCCUCCCUUGACUUUAAGGUCAAGUCGGACGUUUCGUGGGCAACGUACGCCGGGAUCUGUAUGCUCAUGUUCGAGACGAUGUUUCCGAGACCGUUGAUUAUCCCAAUCGACGCGUGCGAUCUGCGAGCAUUUGUCGUCUGGUGCGAAACACCAAACGACCACCCACUCGCCAAUGCAGCACCAUACUGUGCACACUUCCGCGUCACCGGUGCAGGAGCGCACGAGUUCGGCCUUCGUGCUGCGUCCCUAGGCUGUGUCGUCACCGAACCUCGUACUCGGUUCGACUGGGACACAGGGGUGUCGACUCCGCAAGGUCCGGACACGGUGAUACCAAGUACCGCGAUAGCGAAGAUAUGGUGGUCCGACAUAGAAAACCCUAUUACAUCGGGUACUAUUUUCUUUCUCGGCAUUUUUGAGAGUAUAUACGAACAGAUAUGCGGCGAGUGCGACAACCGCACGCACCCAAAGUCACUUAACGUGGACGGUUAUCGGGUUACUCACAGCUGGUCAGACAUGGAGCCAGUCUUGGACGACCAUGCUCGCAAUCUCAUAAGUGAUACUUUAUGGCGUGUUAGGGAAAACCACCUUGUAUAAUGAAACUCGUAUAGAAUUAAUGUAAGAUGAUACAGCGCUUGCAGAGCUAAACUACAGGCCGGACACAGAGG